CCAUUCUUCUCAGCACGUCGGCUACAUAACACGGUUGAAUGGCUGCCCCGAUGCAGGAAGCGAAAACUAUGGCGGGUUUACGGGGUGUUGGCGCUCUCGCAGAUCUAAAAAACCUUUUCCCUACGAAAAACCACUUUUUCAUUUUCGUAGGAUACAUGGCACUGUUCAUAAAUCAGGGUAUCCUUGUUACAGCGACGAAAGACAAAGAAAACCAUUACUCCUACAACACGGUUACAGUGGUGCUUUUGACAGAAUUUGUCAAACUUCUUGUUGCUGUGGGACUGCAGAUGAGGACUUCAACUUUGGGAGAAUUUGUGGAAGAAGUUCGGUCUAACACUAAAGUUUUACUUCUCUACGUUGUCCCAGCAUUCAUGUACUGCCUUUAUAACAACUUGGCUUUUGUUAAUCUGGCAAACUAUGACCCAACCACAUACUACCUACUGCUUCAGUUUCGUGUUGUAGUAACAGGAGUUAUUUUUCAGGUCAGAGUUGAUAACUUAACUAAAAGUUAAUUUCUCAAUUUGCCCCUGAAAGG